AUGACGUCUCUCACUCCAAGCUACAGCACUGACACUGGGAUUUCACCAAACCCCUACAUCUACCGCAUCAUCUCAACCGCACCUCGACAAGACGGUCUACUCUUUUCGCCAACCGACCAAUUAGCAUACAUUACCUCAUCGGACAGCCUACACUUCACCACUGCCAACUUGACAUCAGAUGGUCAUGUCCAGCGGGUGCAUGAAAGCGUCACCUGUCUCGAACGGGCGAAUGACGUGUCCAGCAAUGUAGUCAUCACAGCAGGAAGAGAUGGAUUCAUCCGGUUUUGGGACAAGCGCAGCAAAACCAAAGCCCUCGAGAUGCAAUCACCACAUAAGCUCAUCUCAUCAAUCGUGUGCGACGCAGCCAACCAUUUCGUGGCAGCUGGGAUCGAAAAUCCGGAAGAUGGCCCUCAAAGCUCUCCCAUCUACGUCUGGGACCAACGGAAUCAUGCAGCACCAAUACGGUCUUACGUCGAAUCACACACAGACACCGUUACUUCACUACAACUACAUCCUGCGCAUCCGACCCUCCUUCUCUCUUCUAGUACGGAUGGCUUGAUCAACAUUUUCGACACUUCUAUUGCGGAAGAAGAUGACGCGCUGUAUCAAGUCAUCAACCACGGCUCUGCUACCGCGCACGCAGGCUUCAUGUACCCGAGCACAGACAUGUAUGCACUCGGUACUGAUGAGACUGUGAGCUUCUACGCUCUGCAGAGUCAGAAGGAGGAGGAAGAAGAGCCAAGUCCAAAGGUCUUGGGCGAUGUAAGGGAGGCACUAGGAUGCGAGUAUCUGGUAGACAUGCACUGGAUGGGUAGGCAGCCCUAUGUCGCAGCUGGCAAGCAUAGUGAGCAAAAACUCGACCUCAUACCCAUCACCAAGGGCGACAAUGGACCGCUGGACUACAGCUUCAACCUCCAAGGCAAGAUGCAACUGCCCAACGCACACGGUGAGGAGAUUGUUCGUGAUUUAUUCACAGAUACACACACACAUACGACCUAUACAUGUGGCGAGGAUGGCUCUGUUCGUGCUUGGAAGGCUUCAGAAGAUGAGGAUAUGGAGGUCGCUGAUGACGAGACUGAGCCCACGAGGAAGGCCAAGGACAAGGAUCGAAAGGAGAAACGGAAGGAGAAGAAGAAGGAGAAGGAGAAGGCGAGGUUCAAGCCGUACUGA